CUGUUCACAGGCCAGACCUGACUCGAAUCAACCAGCAAUUGCACAAACGCGUGCUUGAGAGUCAGCCAUGUCGCAUCUUUCUACUCCGGCCGUUGUCAUGGGUAUUGGCACCGGUCUUACAAAGCUCGGCUUUGCUGGUAACGACUCGCCGUCGUUCAUCUUCCCUACCGCGAUCUCUACCCGCAACACCGGCGCCGCCUCAGGCCGUCCUCCGACCGCGGCCAAGCCAUCCUUUCUCUCGGGCCCGGGCGCGAAUUCGUCGUCCAGCGGCGGAAACCUGGCUUCCAAGCGCGGGACCGAGGAUUUGGAUUUCUUUAUCGGGCAGGAAGCGAUUGAUGUUUCAAACACCCCUGGCUACGGCUUAAACUAUCCCAUCCGCCACGGUCAGAUUGAGAAUUGGGAUCUUAUGGAGCGAUUCUGGGAGAAUUCGAUCUUCAAGUACUUGCGCUGCGAGCCUGAAGAUCAUUACUUCCUCUUGACUGAACCCCCUCUAAACCCUCCCGAGAACCGAGAGAUGACUGCGGAGAUCAUGUUUGAGACGUUCAACUGCGCGGGUCUUUACAUUGCGGUGCAGGCCGUGCUUGCGCUUGCGGCGUCGUGGACGUCGAGCAAGGUGCAGGAUCGGUCGUUGACAGGUACGGUUAUAGACAGUGGUGAUGGAGUUACCCAUGUUAUUCCCGUCGCGGAGGGAUACGUGAUUGCGUCAGCGAUCAAGAACAUUCCGAUCGCCGGCCGAGAUAUCACGUACUUUGUGCAGAGUCUUUUGCGAGACCGAAACGAGAAGGACUCGAGUUUGAGAACGGCGGAGAAGAUCAAGGAGGAGUACUGCUACGUGUGCCCAGAUAUCGUGAAGGAGUUCAAUCGGUUCGACCGCGAGCCCGAGCGCUUCCAGAAGUACCUUGUCGACCAGGGUCUCGGUCGCAAGGUGACUGUCGAUGUCGGCUACGAGCGUUUCCUCGCGCCGGAGAUUUUCUUCAACCCGGAGAUUGCGAGCUCUGAUUUCUUGACGCCGCUGCCGGAGGUGGUCGACACCGUUAUCCAGAACAGUCCGAUCGACGUGCGCCGUGGGCUGUACAAGAACAUUGUGCUGUCGGGCGGCUCGACUAUGUUUCGCGAUUUUGGACGAAGACUGCAGCGCGAUAUCAAGCAUAUUGUAGAUGCGCGCAUUCAUAAGAGCGAGGAGCGCAGUGGAGCGCGGUCGGGUGGACUUGAUGUGCAGGUUAUCAGUCACAAGAAGCAGAGGAACGCGGUUUGGUUUGGUGGCUCCUUACUUGCACAGACUGCUGAGUUCAAGGGAUACUGCCACACCAAGAAGGACUACGACGAGAUGGGCCCUGGAAUCGUGCGACAGUUUUCGCUUUUCAACGUGCCUUAGAUGGAGAGUAAGAGUAUGAGCGUGAAAAGAGAAGAUGUUUGUUUACUAGUAGUUUUGUUAUUGUUGAAUGAGAUAUAGUUGUAUCAAAUAGAGAUUAGACA